UUUUUUUUUUUUGUUUAAUGGCAGCAGGGAUGUGAGUUCAACUUUACUGCUUUCACCUCUGAAGCGCUCGUAAACACAUUCGCACCUCUCUUUCAUUUAAAUGCGGGAUAAGUUAUAGCACAUUAUUGAAAAAAAAGAAGAAGAAGAAGAAGACGAAAAAACUCAAAGUCGACAACAGCCUGCAUUUGAAUGCUGUCUGGGGCCAAUCCACAAACCAGGUGCAAUUUAACAAGGGGCAGAGAGAGGAGCGGUUUCAUCAGGACGAACGUGGAGUUUCGCUGUCAAUAAUAAUAAUAAUAAUAAUAAUAAUAAUAAUAAUAAUAAUAAUAAUAAUGCGUAAAACAUGCGUAAAAGUCGACCCUCUAACCAAAAUAUCCUUCACAAUAUUCUUCCCUCUCCAAAAUAUUCCCGACAUUCCUAAUCCAGAUUUCCAAAACUCAUUUAAUCCUCUCCCCACACCUACAAAUACCACAUAUAAACCACUCCAACACCUUCCUCUUGUUCUCUUUCUCUUUUACGCACGGCUUUGCCCACCGACGGGAGAGAGAAAAAAACCCUCUCCAGCCCCGAUGGUCUCUCCACGAUUACCCUAUCAGGUGCAAACCGCUGACAUGUUUCCACCCACCAACAACAAAAAAGCCUCUCUGUGCCCAAAUCUCAAGUCACAGACGCACAAACACCACUGACAGGCACUGCUGCGCCAUCAUCAGCUCUCCCCCAAAACUGCCUCGCACCGCUGCCACUCGUACACUGAUUUUCUCUGAGUUUUUUUUCUCCAGACUUGGAUAUUUUUGUACGCACUCGACUCAUUUCUAGUGGUAGGACGUUUUUUCCUCAUUCACCGCAUUUUUUCUACUUUCCCUCUCCGUAGCACUUGGCAGAAUAAAAUGACCCGUGCAAGGUGUGCGAAUCCCCCGCAGGUACGGACGGAGCUGAGGAGGUGCUGAUCUCCGGAGCUGCGGGAUUGUGUGAGAUUGUGCCACAGUUCGACUUUUUAGAAACUCUUGAAGGAUAUCUUUUUUGGACGUGUUGUUUCUGCUGAGAGAUCGAUCUCUGAAUCCGUUGGCACCGAUUUACGGACACGGAUUUUGGGGGAAGCGGUGGAGACUGAUCAGAGAAAAAUAUUACUCCUGGAUUAUCCACGCCAGACGAGGAAACACCUAAUGUUGCACUCCGUGACUCUGCAAGUGUUCUCCGGUGAUUUAUCUCUAUACCGGGAUUCAGUCUCGCUCCUACCGCCGGCGCUGUGUGCGUAAAGGACGCACAGGGAGCGAGAGGCUACACAGACACAGACACGCAGAGAGACAGGGACGGGGGUCGAUUUGGCUCUAAAUCUGUGGAGGCAGGUGUACUUCAGGUGUAUCUUCUGCGAGUCAAGAUGUCUCCUUUACCGUCGAGGUUCAUAUACCUGUGUUUACACUUUCUGGUACUCUAUUUCCAGCUGCAGGAAUCUCAGCAGACUUCUGCAGAUUUCAGGAUUUACAUCGAGAACCACACGCGGAAUCCCGACGACGUGAGCCGGAAGCAGGUUCGGAUCUACCAGCUCUACAGCAGAACCACCGGGAAGCACGUGCAAAUCCUGGGGAAGAAGAUCAACGCCAAUGGAGAUGAUGGGGGCAAGUAUGCUCUCCUGGUGGUGGAGACGGAAACAUUCGGGAGCCACAUUCGAAUAAAAGGAAAAGAGAGUGAUCACUACAUCUGCAUGAACGAAAAAGGCAAAAUAGUGGGAAGGCCUGAUGGGAGGAAACAGGAGUGUGUGUUUGUGGAAGAAUUCCUGGAGAACAACUACACAGCUCUGGUCUCGGCCAAGUACAAAGGAUGGUACCUGGGCUUCAACAGGAAGGGGCGACCCAAGAAAGGCUCUCGGACCACACAGAGGCAACAGGAAGUCCACUUCAUGAAGCGGCAGCCGAAAGGCCAGGUGGCUCCGCUUGAGGAGUUUCGUUUCACCACUGUAACUAAGCGGACACGAAGGGCUCGGCGGUUAAAACCCAACCCCAAGAGGAACUGAUGGGACCGAUGGGACAGCACUAAUUUUACUCAAACGGGUGGGGUUGGGAAGUCUGGAGAGGGUGGGAGUCCUGGUGAGGAGGAGAAGGUCAGACUGAAACUGAAAAAAAAAAAAAAAAUCUCAAGCUUCUUGGUUUCCGUAAAAAGAAAGACAGA